GAUGAGCAAAACUGCUCUUCACGAACAGUCUCAUGUUGUUCCCUUUCGUUGCAAGUUGAUUUUGUUGUGGUGGCUGGUCGAGUAGCUCUGCUGACUUUUUAGUAUGAAGUUGUUGGAUGGGACUCAUCAAGCCACUGCUCUCUCUUUGAUGUGAGAUGUGAAUGGCAUGCUCGUCUUCAUCCAACACAGCAAUGGGCCGACUCGAUCAUCCUAGCUCGCCAUCUGGCCCCGGAUGUAAGCCGAGCAAGACGUCGACGCUGAAUGGCUGUGUUACGCCAGGUCGCCAUGAUGCGGCUACACCUAGUGUUACCAGUCCUGCUGAGGUGUUUCGGACUGACCUGAUCACAGCAAUGAAAAAACCCGAUGGUGACAUACUGACUGAUUCGGAGUAUGCUCUUAUAGAGGAUUCGUGGAAGCCAGAAUGGGAACGAGGCGUGCAGGUCUGUGUCAAGCCUGAAUCAUCGAUGAAAGCACUGAAAGUCAGGUCCGGCGUUAGUUUCGAAUGUCCGAAAAAGUUCUGUCCACCUACUGUGUAUAUUGAGCAAGCGGAGCGAUCCAGUGCAACCAAGGUACCCGGCGGUGAUCGUGUCCAAUACGACAUGGACAAUAUGGACUCGCAAUGGCUAGCGCGUUUGCACUCGUUGGAUGUCAAAGGUGGCAAGGAUAUUGACGAAGACAAACUCGAAGCGUGCGUCUCGUUCCUAGAUUUAAAGUGUUACGAGAACAUGUGUGAAGCCAUAAAGACUGACGAUGGUCUCGGGGUGGAAUAUGAUGCUGACGUCAUGUGUGCAGUGUGCCGAGCACUGGACAGCGAAGAAGGAAAUGAGAUGGUCUUUUGUGACCGGUGCAACAUCUGCGUUCAUCAGGCUUGCUAUGGAAUUCGCCACAUACCUGAAGGCAAAUGGUUCUGUAGUCCCUGUGCUAACAAUAUCAAGCCUAUCUGCGUAUUAUGUGGACAAGGUGGUGGUGCACUCAAACCUGUCAGGCUUGGGACACGCUGGGCUCACAUAAGCUGUGCUCUGUGGAUUCCCGAAGUGAAGAUAGCUAAUGUAGAUACUAUGGAGCCUAUAUCAAACUUCCAUGCCAUUCCGCAAAGCAGAUGGAAUCUGUUGUGUUCUAUAUGUCGGUUACGUCAAGGAGCAUGCAUACAGUGCUGCGUAUCCACGUGUACUGUUGCAUUUCAUGUAGAGUGUGCGUUCCAACAGAGUCUGAAGAUGAAAAGUCGCUUAGAUCACACAGUUUCUGAUGCUGUGCGGAAUGAGGCUUAUUGUCCUCGCCAUGCCCUACUUGCUAGCAGUCCUGCACCGAACCAGGCCAACGCAUCCACGCCACAAAUCAACCAGCGGGAGCGGAGACUAAAAGGAAUGAUGGAAAAUUUCCAUCAGUAUGCUCGGCAUACCGACUUGGCGAGGAAGUAUCGAUUUGCCAAGCCACUCGCAUGCCUGUUGCAUUCUUUCUGGGUGCUGAAGCGCAGACUUCACAGCAACCAAUCGUUCCUUCCUCUACCUGAUCCGUGGCAGGUUGUUGCUGAAGAGCGUUUGCGAGAAUUCCAAGACGACAAGGAGAAAGAAGAGGCGGAAGAUCAGUGUCGACCCAUGGUUGCCGAAUGGGAGCUUGAGUGGGAACGGUUCAUGACAUUGCGGCAGGACAUGGAGAAGAGUCGCAACUUGUCCUACAUGAUUUUAAGGAGGGAACGGCUGAAAAAGCGCUUGUUGCUGGCGCAGCAUAAUAUAUUUCUCAAGUCUGCAGAUCUGGCAUUGGAAAGUAAUGACAGUCAGAAUCUGGCCCUGGCAGACUUCGUUGUACGAAGUCUUCACUCGCUGGCUCUGAAUGUAGCAACUUCAACAGCAACCGGCACGUCUUCCGUAUCAUCUGAAGUAACGACUCCAGCUCCGAUGUCUCCUGAACCUCCUGCUUCUCAUGCUACCGGUGCUGUUUCUCGGUCACUGCGAUCAUCUGUGGCAACACCAGGUCCUGUAUUAGCAUCUGCAAGCCCUGAUCAUCGGCAUCAUCGCACUACCAGUGAUUUACCAACACCUAACCACUACAUGCCUGCAAAGAGGUUACGUGCUUCAUCGCCCGAAAAGGCUUCGAGGGCUUCGCUGGCUCAUGUCACGGCCUCUUCAAGUCCUACAUCAUUGUCACGAGCUGUGCCCAGCAAAAUCAGCUUAACAGUAAGUUCCUCUGUGAUGGCAGCAGCAGCUAGCCCAGUUUCAGAAUCCGUCAAGCCACUUAGAACUCCUAGUCCUUCUAGUCCUACGCAAUCAGUGUCGUCAACAUUAGCCACCUCUAGGCGCCGCAGCUCUAGAGCUCUAUCCUCUUUAUCCUCCACACCCUCUUCUCCUAGUGCUGCUGUACUCGCACCCGAUGAUGAAUCAGUGCUUGAUUCACCCGCUGGGCUAACUGCAACAAAGCGACGCUACUCAUCACGGAGAUAGCACUGGUAAUGCUCUGCUUAGUAAUAGCCAGAAUACCGUUCAAUUUGUUCACAUCAUCGCUCCCACUCUUUGUGGCAGCAGCGUUGCCAGCAUUCUGCAUGCGUCAUGAAACUCAAUCCAAUAUCAAUACCUCCCAUUUUCACACUCCAUAUUAGAAACAUUUUACAUUUUUUAAUUUUUCUGUCAGUGUCAGUGAAAUUCUUCCUCACGAACUCCGGUGCACACUUAUUUACUUCCUUACUCAAGCCAUGAGCACUGUGCACCGACAUUUCAUGAAACUCUGCUCACCUUAUCCCCUUGCGUACGUGUGUCCUUGUCUUCGUUUUGUCUUGGAAUUUGCUACCUGUAUCCUCUUGCUGGGCUUUGUGUUACUUCUUGCUGCUGAUGCUAAUGUGUGUGCAUUGCUAGUGGCUGGUUGAGAAAUCCUCUUAGAUUGCUGAUGUCUUGUAUAUACUAUAGUGUAUAUGCUGUACUUCGAAGUUGAGAGCCAAAACCGACAUGUUCUGCUGAGUUCAUGUGCUGUUUCAAUUUGUGUGUUGGCACAAAGAUAGGUACUGUACUAGGUAUGACUGUGACAAUGCUUCGUUCACUAUUGUCACUCUGACGUCUCCUUGUGCUUGUAGCUGGCAUCGAUCCUUUCGCUUCCUUUUUUGAGAUGAUUUCCCUACGUUUGUAUAUUUAUCAGUUCUGUGUUCGUGACUCCAUUUGUCGAAUAUACGAACUCAACCUCUUA